AGCAUUAUCACUGCGUCAUCUCAGUCAUUGUGGCAUUAUUGCCUAUGCUAUACGUUAGGUUAUUUAUAACAUUCCAACAAUUCAAAAGUACGAUCCAACUAUAAUGUUUUAACUUUUCUACAUACCACAAUAUAGACUUAAGAUUGGUAAUUAUUUACGGGUGGAAUUGUCUUCCAAAUAAAUAACGAAACAAACCAAAGCAUUAAUAAAUAAGUAAAUAAUAACUCAGUACAAAAGUGAAACAUUGUGUUUUUUAAUAAUCUCGUUACUGAUAACAAGUGCUAUACAGAAUUAAAUUCAGUGACACACGAGUGGUGAUACUGAGAACCGGUGUUUUCAUUGUUUACAAACAAUUGAUAUCUGAAAAAUGAGCGCGAAUGGAAACACUGAUACGGUACCAAUAAGAACAAUACCAAGUACUGAUAGAAUAGAAAAUCUAACUCGACGUUUUCAUGAUGAAUUUGGGAGUAAGCCGUCAUUCUAUGUCCGUGUCCCAGGGCGAGUUAAUUUAAUUGGUGAACAUAUUGAUUACUGUGGCUAUCCAGUCUUACCCAUGGCAUUGGAACAAGAUAUUUUGGUUGCGGCUUGUCUGACGAGUGAUUCGAAAUUAUAUCUACGUAAUAUAAAUAGUAAAUAUAAUAAUUUUGAUGUAGAAAUUACAAAGUUCGCGGAUAUGGACAUCCAACCAGAUUCAAAUGGGAAACCAUUCUGGUACAACUAUGUACUCUGCGGCUUAAAAGGUGCCUUGGAAUAUUUAAACAAUGACUUUAAAAAUGGUCUUAAGUUACUUGUAGAUGGAAAUAUUCCUCCCGCAUCUGGAUUAUCAAGUUCCUCCGCACUAGUCAGCGCUGCUUGUUUAGCAUUUCUAUAUGCUCAAAAUGCUACGUUAAAUAAAAUUGAAAUAGCUACGUUGUGCGCAAAGAGUGAAAGAUAUAUAGGAACGCAAGGUGGAGGCAUGGAUCAGGCAAUAGCAUUUCUUGCAGAAAAAUAUAGCGCCCAAUAUAUUACUUGGCAACCAUUAAAUGCAACAGCAGUUGCUUUACCGGAAGAAGCUUCAUUCGUCGUGGCUCACAGUUUAGCAGAAGCUAACAAAGCGGCAACAAACGAUUAUAAUAGACGAGUUAUAGAAUGCAGAUUAGCUGCUAAGGUCCUAAUAAAAGCUUCUGGUGGUUUAGUAAAUCAAAAAAUUGUAACGCUAAGCCAUGCACAAAAAAUAUUAAACAAAACACUAGUUGAAAUGAUUGAUUUGGUUAACGAAUAUUUGCCAAAGGAAAUGUAUACAAAACCCGAGGUGUGUAAUAAAUUAGACAUUACUGAAAACGAAAUGGACACUCUCUAUUUAACCCCCAAUACACGUCAUUUAAAGGAAUUCAAACUCAAACAGAGAGCCCUCCAUGUUUUUAGCGAAGCCUUGAGAGUUGAAGAUUUUCGCAAGGCUUGUACGCAAUCCACAUCAAAUGGGAGUAAUGGACACAUCAAUGGGUCGAAUGGUGUAACGGUUAAAUCAGAUAGUGAAUUUGUUGAUAAAAUAUUAUUAACCCUUGGGGAAUUAAUGUCGAGCAGUCAUGAAAGUUUACAAACACUCUACGAAUGUUCUCAUGAGAAUUUAGAUCGUUUAGUGGACAUAUCGAAAAAAAUGAAUGUACAUUGUAGAUUGACCGGGGCUGGGUGGGGAGGAUGCGUAGUUGCUCUCUGUCCGAAAGAUAAAGUUGAUGAGUAUAUUCAAAUGUUAACAGAUGAGUUUUACGUUAAACAUUGCGAAAUAGAAAAGAGCAAGGCCAGUGUGUAUGUUUUCGCAACAACACCAAACUGCGGUGCCUUAAUUUACAUUUAGAUUUCAAAUGUCAUUAUUCAUAAUUGUUAAUAUAGAAAUUAAUGCAAAUUUAUUUUAGUCAUAGUAUUUGUAGUAUUAUGUAAUGUGUAGGUAAGUAUACAAUUUAUAAAUGCCAUUUAUUGUGAGCGAUUUGUGAAAUGAAAUCAUGAUCUAAUUUUGAUAAUAAAUUUACAGCGAUAUGCCAUUUAAUCUAAAAAAAUAAAAGCUAUUUUAUUAUUAGAAUAUCAUAUUUUUAUUUCAAAUAUGCAAAUGCAUUUAUAUUUUUAAGCGUACGCUUUAUUGAAAUAUCACUUGGUAACUUUAAAACUUAGUUAUCACCCAUAUUGUUACCCCUUAUCUCUAUUUAAUACAACCUAAUCGGUUCACGCAGUAAAGAAUUAUAAGGUAACAAACACAAAAAAAAAUACAGAUGAAAAGUUUACUUCUGGUUUUUGAAGUCGUAUGAAAAUCAACUUUCGCAAGAAAUAUUGUACAAAUAAUUAUUUGUUUUCAGUGCAUUUAACCAUCUUAACAUAAAAUAAUAAUAUGUUUAUACUUAUUACUCUAUACAUUGUAUCGAUAAGCGCAAAAUUUAAAUUACCUGCUGUCAUAUGCGUGCACACAAU